ACCUUUGGAGAAAUAAACAUAAAUUCUUCCCAAUACUUUUAUCAUGGUAUCGGAGCGAGUGUCGACUUAAUUCUCUCGGCCAACGAGCACCACCUGCAUCUUGCGAUCAACAGACAUGGCGGACGAGAAGGUCGAGAAAACUGAAAAACCUGUUUCACGAGUUAUCAGUGAAGAAGAAGAAAUCGGAGAAAAGCAAGUCACAAAGAUAAGUCCAUAUGAGCUGAGAUCUUCGGAUACUCCUGCUCUCUGCCGCGGCUGUAACUGUGGCACGCUGAAACAAAUCGAGAUACAAAAGGAGAAUGAGAGGGUGCACCAGUUCCUGAUGGGACUUGACAACGAGGGGUAUGGAAGUGUACGAUCAAAUAUUUUGAGCACCGUACCUUUGGCUCCACUUAAUCGGGUCUACUCCACGAUCGUCCAGCAAGAAGGAGUAUUGAAGGUCACACAAGAUGAAGAAAAGAACCCUGUCAGUUUCGCGGUAGUUCACAAUAAAGACGUGACCAAGGAUCUCAAAUGUAGGAACUGCGGCCAGACUGGACAUGAGAUAAGUGGAUGCUUUCAAAUCAUUGGUUACCGGAAUGGUGGGGUGACCGACCCCGACCACAGGCCGCUGCCUACGGAAGAGGUCGCGACAGUGGAGGAGCUAGGCGCGGUCGAGGAAGGCAGACCCGAGGGGGAGGAGGCGGCCGAGGCAACCGGAACGGCGGAAUUGAUGGAGGAGGACCAAGUGCUCACACGGCACGGACAGACGGGAAUGGAGAGCGGGAACGCUUUUCCAAAGAGCAGUGGAAUGCCUUGAUGGGAAUCUUGAAAGAAAAAGAAUUGCCACUUGAUAAUAAAUUUUCAGGUAUACC